AUGGCCAGCACGAUUGCCGGCGCCGCCAGACAAGCGUACACUUCCAUGACUUCAACCGCGAAAGUAGCUGAUCUCCAAAAUGACACGGUCGACCCUGCGUCCCAAACAAACAAGGGCUUGACGACUGACUUUGGGCUCUAUGUCUCUGAUACCGACAAUUGGCUGAAAGCUCAGGAUGGUACCCACACCGGACCUUCUCUCCUGGAAGACCAGAUUGCACGCGAGAAAAUUCAGAGAUUUGACCAUGAGCGUAUCCCUGAGCGAGUAGUCCACGCUCGUGGCACGGGUGCCCAUGGGUACUUCAAAGUAUUUGACAAUCGCGCCUCCAAGUAUACUUAUGCCCCGGUGUUGACCGACCCCUCCCGCACAACACCCAUGUUCGUACGCUUUAGUACAGUGCAGGGCUCUCGGGGCAGCGCGGACACCGUGCGCGACGUUCGUGGUUUCGCCACCAAAUUCUAUACCCAGGAAGGGAACUGGGACAUAGUCGGAAACAACAUCCCUGUGUUCUUCAUACAGGAUGCCAUCAAGUUUCCAGAUUUUGUACAUGCUGUCAAGCCUGAGCCACAUAACGAGGUGCCUCAGGGUCAGACUGCUCACAACAAUUUCUGGGACUUUGUUGGUCUCCAACCCGAGUCUGCACACAUGGUGAUGUGGGCAAUGUCCGACCGCGGGAUCCCGCGCUCCUUCCGUAUGAUGCAAGGGUUCGGUGUGAAUACAUUCACUCUGAUGAACGCCAAGAAUGAGAGGUUUUUCGUGAAGUUCCACUGGCUCCCUGAGCUCGGCGUUCACAGCUUUGUGUGGGACGAAGCUUUGAAAGUUUGCGGACAAGACCCUGAUUUCCAUCGGAAGGAUCUUGAGGAAGCCAUUGAGGCUGGUGCUUACCCCAAGUGGAAGUUCGCCAUCCAAUGCAUCCCUGAGGCUAACGAACACGAUUUCGAUUUCGACAUCCUUGAUUCUACGAAAGUAUGGCCCGAGGAACUCGUUCCGCUCGAGGUCAUUGGCGAGAUGACUCUCGACAAGACCGUAGACGAGUUUUUCCCUGAAACGGAGCAGGCAGCGUUCUGCACGUCUCACGUCGUGCCUGGCAUUGGCUUCAGUGACGACCCGCUCCUUCAAGGUCGGAACUUCUCCUACUUCGAUACCCAGAUCACUCGGCUGGGCGUUAAUUGGCAGGAGCUGCCCAUCAAUCGCCCGGUCUGUCCGGUCAUGAAUCACAACCGUGAUGGACAGAUGCGACAUAGAAUCACCAAGGGCCAGAUCAAUUACUGGCCUAAUCGCAAAGAAGUUGCUGGUCCGGUGCCAGUCAGCCAGGGUGGCUAUGCCGAUUUCGCACAGAAAGUUGCUGGCAUCAAACAGCGCGUUCGGACGCCCAAAUUCCAAGAGCAUUUUAACCAGGCGCAGCUGUUCUAUAAUUCACUUACCCCAUACGAAAAGGCACAUCUGAUCAACGCCGCCUCAUUCGAGCUCAGCCACUGUGAUGACCCUGUCGUAUUUGAGACGUACACGAAGUUGUUGAACAACAUCGACUUCAAUCUCGCCAAACAGGUCGCCAUUAACGUUGGUGGGAUUGUACCGGACAAGCCCGCGCGCCACAAUCAUGGCCAGGUUACACCAACUCUCUCGCAGCUGUACUACGCCCCGAAGGAGCCGACGAUUGUGUCUCGUCGCAUCGCGAUUCUGGUUGCAGAUGGGUUCAACCUUGCCGAGGUUGAGGGACUCCGUGCAGCGUUCAAGGCUGGGCAGGCGACGACAUGGAUCAUUGGGCCGCGCCGUGGCUACGUAUAUCCCGCUGGGGAAGUGGUCGGAGAGGGAUCAGGCGUUUGGGCGGAUCAUCACUACGAAGGCCAGCGCAGCACAUUGUUCGAUGCAUUCAUCAUCCCGAGUGGUGCGGAGCAUGCGCAGAAAUUAGCGCAAAAUGGACGUACGAUCCACUGGGUACGCGAGGCAUUUGGACACUGCAAGGCUAUAGGUGCUCUUGGCGAAGGCAUUGUGUUCCUUCGUGAGGCCGUACAACUCCCAGGCGUUCAGUUUGCACAGAACUUGAAGAGUGACACCGUGACCACCUCGUAUGGUGUUGUUACCGCGGGCAAGUACGACAGCGCGUCCUUCGCCGCUGAUGCGCUCAAGAUCGGGCAAGACGAGAAGGGUUUUGUGUCGAACUUUGCAUACGAGUAUUGGAUCAUUGCUUUCUGGCUCUGGCCUAUCACACAGGUCUUCCCAUUCAAGGAACUACCAUUUCGCGCUAAAGAGCACAGACUGUCGCAUCUGGUGAUUAUGGAUCUCAACGACUUGCACCCUCCAGAUGACUACAGUCAUAGGUUCUUCAUCUGGCAUGAAUGGAUACAAGCUCAUGGCCCACUCACCAACGAGAACGUAUUCGACUACUUUGCCACAUCCAUGUUCUACGAUAAGCAAAGUAACAACCAGGUGUUGCGCAUGCAAACUAUGCAUACCGGCAUGCCGCUGGAGAACGAAGCGGAGGAAUUAAGACGGUUUACCGGAGUCGAGUUUGCCGUGGUGCAUGCAGAGCCUCCUUCCAUGUUCAUCAUCCACAAACGAGAGCGACUGUCGCCAGACGAAGGCACGUCGUCCGCGGCCCGCAAUCCGAAAAUGUCGAACUCAUCGUGUUGCCCCAAUGUAUACACACUCGUGUCCAACCGGCUGCUCACUUCGCUAAACGCACUGCAAACCUCGCUCCAGAGCCUCCGGACACACAGGCCGAGCUAUACGCCCCGAACGGGAUUUGUCUGGCCGAUCAUAGAACCGCCCGCCCCAGACGACGCCUCGAAGCAGCGCGGGACCAGCGAGGGGCCCGCAAGCAGCACAGACGAUCAGGACCUCUCCGGCCCGCCUGCGAAGCGCAAGCCGCCUGCGGUGCACGAGCGGCAGCAGAACAACAUGCUUCUGUACAACGCCAUGCACACGACCGCCGUGCAUGCGAGCGCGUCGUUCACCCUCCCGGUCGCCGCGGCUGAGAGCACCGCGCCAGACACGCCCGUGUCGGGACCCGGUCCCCGCUUCUCUGCCACGCCUGCACCUGCGCCGACGCGAGGAGCCACGCCUAAAGUGGCCGCAGCGCCCCAGGAGCCGAUCCCUGCGAAAGGUCCCCCGGGCGGUGGGAAGAAGAAGAAGAAAAGAACUGCCACUAUGUCUUCCGCGGGAUGA